AUGAGCAUGGCAGACACAGGCUUGAAGGAACCUGGUGUAGCGGCUGAACAGCUGGCAAUGGAGAAGCAAGAUGAAGCCUUGCAAUAUCUCGAAGGCCACAACGUAGACUCUGCCGCAGUCGACGCGGUAGACCUCAAGAAACUGCGUACCAAGGUCGACUGGAACAUUGUGCCAUUGAUGUUUAUGUGCUACUGGCUACAGUUCAUCGACAAAGUCAUCAUCAACUAUGCUGCUGUUAUGGGAAUGACAAAGGAAUUAAAGCUUGUCGGCAACGAUUUCACAAAUGCCAGCACCUCGUUCUUCAUCGCGUAUCUGGUGUUCGAAGCACCAAACACACUUCUCCUGCAGAAAGUCCCGGCUGGAAAAUGGCUAGGUUUCAACGUUUUCCUCUGGGGCGUCGUUGUCGCAGGCACAGCUGGUGUCAAAAACUAUGCCACUCUGGUUGUCGCGCGAGUAUUCCUCGGAAUAUUUGAAGCCACCAUUGGUCCUUCCCUUAUGAUCAUUUGCAGCCAGUACUACACCAAGUCAGAGCAAGCCCCGCGAUUUAGUUUCUGGUAUCUUGGCCUUGGCGUCGCCCAAAUCACUGGCGGAUUGAUCUCGUUUGGCUUCCAGCACGUCGAUGCCAACGCACCCUUGAGCGGAUGGCGCAUUAUGUUCAUUGUUCUCGGGAUCUUCACUGCAUUGGUGGGAGUUGUUGUCUACUUCUUCAUUCCUGAUACUCCGAUGAAGGCUCGCUUCUUGAGUGAGGUUGAAAAGGUUGCGCUCUUGAGGCACAUCAGUGUAAACAAGACCGGUAUUUGGAAUGAAAAGUUUGAGAUGAAGCACAUUUUCGAGUCUGUCUUGGACGUACAAGUGUGGUUACUCACGCUGAUGGUUGUUCUGCAAUCGGUCUCAUCUGGUGUCGUCACUACGUACUCCUCUACUCUAAUCCGGAACAUGGGUUUCACCGGUGAACAAUCAGCUCUGUUGAACAUGCCAGGCGGCGUUGUCAGCAUUUUCUUUACCAUACUUGUUGGUGUUGGUAUUCGCAAACUAGAUCACCGCUGGGCUUGGGUUUUCAUGUGCAGCAUCCCAGGAAUCAUCGGUGGUGGUCUGAUGUCGUUCCUCCCUAACAGCAAUAAAGCAGGUCUGCUCAUAGGCGUGUACUUGGUCAAUGCCAUCGUCGCACCGCUGCCUGUCAUUUACCACUGGACCGCUGCCAACUGUGCCGGAUACACCAAGCGUUCUUUCUGCAGUGCUCUCGUGGCUGGCUCCUUUUCCAUUGGAAACAUCAUCGGACCUCAGACGUUCCAAGCCCGCGACGCACCGCAGUAUCGUCCUGCCAAGAUUGCAGUUCUGGCUACCCAAGCUGGAGCUGCCGUUUUGGCUGUGGUGUUGUAUGCUUACUACGUCUGGGAGAAUAAGCGUCGCGAUGCUCGCGCUGCUGCCGAGCCUGAAGCGAUUGACUCGUCAAGCGAGACUUUCAAUUCCGAAGCCUGGUCUGGUCUGACGGAUAAGGAGAAUUGCAGUUUCCGCUAUGUUUAUUGA